UACUUGGGAGUCCGCCGUUGUCGGUUUGAACUUGUUGGAAUUCUGAAUUGUCUGGCAGCAACUUUUUGCAUUUGCCACCGUGACCCAGCAUCCUCCACCAUGCCUGGAGAUGGAUUCACCUUCAAGAGUCGCAUUAGGAACCUGCUGAGGUCUCCUUCAGCCAAACACAGGAAGGCCAGAAGAGACAACAUCACCAACAAGGUUACAUUAGAGAAAGUUUUGGGCGUCACCACUUUGGGAAACAGCGGUCUGGCCUGCGACCCCAACACUGGACUAGUGGCUUAUCCUGCAGGGUGUGUGGUUGUUUUGCUGAGUCCCAGAAAGAACAGGCAGCACCACCUGAUCAACACGUCAAGAAAGACCAUCACAGCUCUGUCAUUCUCCCCGGAUGGCAAACACCUGGUCACGGGAGAGAGCGGCCACCUUCCCGCUGUCAGACUUUGGGAGGUGGCCGAGCGGCGGCAGGUGGCCGAGCUCCAGAAGCACAAAUAUGGCAUUUCCUGUGUGGCCUUCUCGCCCGACUGCAAGUACAUCGUCAGCGUGGGCAACCAGCACGACAUGAUGGUCAAUGUGUGGGCGUGGAAAAAGGAUGUGGUGGUUGCUGCCAACAAGGUGUCCAGCAAGGUGACAGGGGUGUCGUUCUCUGAGGACAGCUCCUACUUUGUCACCGUGGGCAACCGACAUGUCAAGUUCUGGUAUCUGGACCACUGCAAGGCCACUAAGGCCAGCGCUCCCGUUCCCCUGCUGGGCCGCUCGGGGCUGCUGGGCGAGCUGAGGAACAACUUCUUUUGCGACGUAGCGUGUGGGCGGGGCCAGAAAAGAGACUCCACCUUCUGCAUCACGUCCUCUGGCCUGCUGUGCGAGUUCAACAGUAGGCGGAUGCUGGACAAGUGGGUGGACCUGCAGAAGGGUGUGGCACAGUCGCUAUCUUUGUCUGAGGACAGGAUCUUCUGCGCCUGCGCCGAUGGAACGGUACGAGCAUUCAGCCCGCUUGACCUGCGCUUUGUAUGUACACUGCCACGGCCACACGCCCUUGGUGCCGACAUCGCCUUCAUUACUAAGGCCAGUCACUUAUUUUGCACCAAGACCGACGCACGCUACCCGGACACCAUUGCAAUAACCUACGACCCUGUCAGCCACUGGCUCAGCUGCGUCUACAACGACCACAGCCUGUACGUCUGGGAUGUGAGAGACGUCAACCGGGUGGGGAAGGUCCACUCAGCCCUUUUCCAUGCAGAUUGUGUCUGGGACCUUGAGAUGGUUCCAGAUGUUCCUGAAACGGCAGCCGGUCUGUCUCCCGCUGCAUUCCUCAGCUGUUCGUCAGAUAACACCAUCAGACUUUGGCACGUGGAUGACCGCGCACACAUUCGUUCUCGCAACAUCCUCAGCAGUGACCUUUUUAAGAUAAUCUACACAGGUGGCAGGACCGUCGCCUCGCACGACCCUGAAAAUAUGGCCAACGUGAGCGCGGAUGGACAAUUGGCGGAAAGUAGGGCAGGCGUCAGGACCAUUUGUGUCAGCCCUGAUGGAAAACACCUGGCGUCUGGAGAUAGAAACGGGUUGCUUAGAGUUCACAAACUGAGUACAAUGCAGGAGCUUCUUAAAGUGGAAGCGCAUGAUGCUGAAAUCUUGUGCUUGGAGUACAGCAAACCCGAAACCGGUCUGCAGCUGCUGGCCACGGCAAGCAGGGACCGCCUGAUCCACAUCCUGGAUGCCGCUGCCGACUACUGCUUGGUGCAAACCCUGGACGAGCACUCCUCAUCCAUAACCGCCGUUCGCUUUGCCGCCAAUGACAGCAAGGUGAGGUUGAUCAGCUGUGGUGCGGAUAAAAGCAUCUAUUUUCGCACUGCCCAUACGAGUGACAAAGGAGCAGAGUUCCGUCGUUCCCACCACACGGUGAGGAAGACCACGCUGUAUGAUAUGGGUGUAGACCCCACCUGCAAGUACGCUGCUGUCGGCUGCCAGGACCGCUGCAUCAGGAUUUUCAAUAUCAGCAGUGGCAAACAGAGGAAGCUGUACAAAGGAUCGCUGAGUGAAGACGGAAGCCUACUCAGAGUUCAGAUCGAUCCAUCAGGCCAGUAUGUGGCUGCAAGCUGCUCCAAUAAGAACAUCAGCAUGUUUGACUUCUACACUGGCGAGUGUGUGGCCACCAUGUUUGGACAUUCUGAGAUCGUCACUGGGAUGAGGUUUACUUACGACUGCAAGCAUUUGAUCAGUGUGUCAGGUGACAGCUGCGUCUUGGUCUGGCGUCUAGCUCCUGAAAUGACCAUAAGCAUGAGAGAGAGGCUCUUUCAGCUCAGGCGGAAUGCACCCGCUCACAAGAGCGCCCCCCUCAGGCGAGAGGCGUACAGCGCUCCUGCUCUGGUUGGCCUGUCCUCUGACAGCGACCACAACCAUGAGCGCGAGGACGAAGAUGAAGGUCACAACAAAGACUCCAACGACCAAGAAGAGAUCUCGGCCAUUAACACGUCCUCAGACAGCAGUCAUGGCGAAGAGGACACAGGUGGUUCAGAUGAAGGACCUGACUGGGAACUAACAAAACCCGCAGUGACCACACCCGGCACCAGUGGUCGUCCUCGCAGGCGCUGGUCUCAUCGUAUGGGCUCCUUGGAGUUGAUGGUCAAGUCCAUGCUGGACCUGAGGCAGCUGGAGACCUUUGCCCCUAACAAACCUGCCGACUCCAACACUCGUGACAGAGACAGACGCAGCAUGUCCAGCCUCCACGAGUCCAUGCAGCACUUUGAGGAGCAGGCCAAGCGGUGUCUGCCUAUGCGAAGCUGUGAUUGGACAACAACGGAUGGCAAUAAGGAGGAAACGGGUCUACCAGACAUUGAUUGCAUGGUGAAGGAUCCACCAUGCCACAAGGCCCUCAGUAAGAGCCAGGACAGCUACAGCCCAGAUAGCGCCUGCUCGCUGGACUAUGACAGUCCUGAUGGAGUCCUGAAUGACUCUGCAGUAUCCCUCAGCUUAGACAGCUCAGAUGAUGAUGAGGAAAAGAUGGAAAAUAGCAAGGAUGAAGAAGAGGAAGCAGAGAAGGCUGAGACCACUAGCGUUGAUGAAGCGCUCAGGACAGUGACAGCCGAGCUUGACAGCCCAGAAGAUUUCCUCAAGCAGAACUUUGAGAGGCUUGUGGACAUUUGCAGCACAGCUGAACCCAGCAGAGUCCCAAGGCUCAGCAUGUCUUCACGCUUCCUAGCCAGAGGACAUCAUAACAGGGGAGGCCCUCUGUUUACCAAAGUGCAGGGAAAGGAACAUGGCAGCCUCUCCUCCAAACCCCUCGUGUCCAAAGUAAUACCCUUAAUGGAAGACAGGCAGAGCAGAAACCUGGAGGACAAGACCCCCGUGCCCCCCAGCAACACCUAUGGACCAAAGGGGCCUACCGUCUCUCCUCCCAUCCCAAGACCGCAGAAGAAGACCACGUCUGCGCCUCAUCUGUGGAGGUUCUCCACACCUCUGUCCAAGCCUUCAGUGCUGCUGGACGGCACUACAAGUCUGCAGAAGUCUCAGUCCGUCCAGAACCUGAGCUUGGCUUCUCCACGUUUUGUGCUGCCCCUUAGCGACCAGAGGGAAGUCUGCAAGAGGCCCCAGCAUCUUUCCCUGGACCGAGACACUCCCAAGCCGUCCUCAAAUUUGUCCUCGCCCUCCCCGGGGUCGCCACAAUCCCCCCGCUCCCCCCACUCCUACAUGAACCCCACAGCCAGCUCCAUGGCCAAGAGCAGCCGCUCCUCCUCGCUGGGCGAAGGUCUGCACGCAGGCGUCCCCUUCAGCUUGUCCUCCCUUUCCUCCAAGGCCAGGAGGUCGUUGUCUGGUGAUCUGGAGCUAGAGUCGCCUUCUCUGGUCUGUCUGCAGCCCACUGCCACAGUUUUACCAACGCGCAUCCCUCAGCCCAAGCAGCCUCUCAGCCCUCGACGCAGCCUCUGCGCCGACAAGACCAGCUUGGCCUGUCCAGCAGUGUGCGAUGUCACUUCCUGUGCAGGAAGCAAAUCAGAUUCUCCAGAAAGGACGUCAUUGUCGGAGAGUAAUCGGGAUGCAGGGCUUGGACUUGAAGUGCUCCCUCUGGUGGUGGAAAAUCUCUGGCCGCCCCCCUCUCACUCCCAGCCAGGUGUUCCUUUUAUUCCUAACUCGUCGCUCUCUCGCUGUCCUCUUCCUCUUGGUCGCCAUUCUCUCUCGUCACGCUGGCCGCCGCUCGCCACCCAGCCCGUGCGUCAGUCAGCGUGCGUGUCUCCCCUGUGUGUGGCGCCGCCAACCUGCGGGCAAUGCCACAGUGAUGAGUUCAUCACCUUGGAAACAUGCAAGCAGGCUGUUAGAGAUCUUCACAGCAGCCUGAGAAGAACCCUCAUGCUCUACACAGCGGUGCUCCAGCGCCAUCCGCAGUCAGCAUGCGACGGUCGCCAGGAGAUGGAAGAGCUCUUAUCCAAAGCUCUGUUGUCCGUCAAAGCUGAGGUGGACCCGCUGCCUCAUUCCACGAUGCGCUCGGAAGAAGACGGUGCGAGUUUGGGGUUGAAUAGUGAAGCCUUGGCCCUUCUGGAGCAAUACGCCGAACUGCUGCUCAAGUCUGUGGAGAGGAAGCUGGACAACAAGAUGUGACCCAGGAGGUAACUUUUGUUUUCAUUGCUGAAACUCAAAGACAAAAGAUUUUCCCUUGAAAAACUUAAAGCCUUAUUUUUCUUCCAAAAAAAAGAGAUGCCUUAGCUAUUUUUUGUGGGGGUGUUUUAUAAGCAGAAUUUGCCAUUUGAACUUACAUCAAAAGAACACUAAUGUUGCCAACAAAUUAAAACAUUGAAUUAAAGUAAAAAAGAACAAGUGAUGAAGUUUGAAAUAUACUUAUCUCAGUUAUUCAGUUAAUUGUGUGCAUCGAAGUAAUAUUUAUUUAUGUACUGUAAGUACUUUGUGUUUGUAUGUAUUUGUACAAAAUGUAUUCCAAUGGAACAUCCUCUUCAAAAUAAACAGAACAAAC